GAGCUCUGUUUCGCGGGAAGAAAAAUGGGUCUGCUCGAGCUGUGCCGGGAGGCCUUCGGCGCUGGCGACCUCUACCAGGUGCUGGGCGUGAGGCGGCAGGCGUCGGCCAAUGAGAUCCGCCGUGGCUACCACAAGGUCUCCCUCCGGGUGCAUCCGGACCGCGCUGACCCGGCUGCUAAGGAGCGCGCCACCCGGCACUUCCAGAUCCUGGGCAAGGUGUAUGCAGUAUUAAGUGACAAGGAACAGCGGGCUCUGUAUGAUCAGCAAGGGAUCGUGGAUGAGGAAUCGACUGUGCUGACCCAAGAUCGGAACUGGGAAGAAUACUGGCGGCUGCUUUUCAAAAAAAUAACUGUAAAAGACAUUGAAGAUUUUGAAAAGAAAUACAAAGAUUCCACAGAAGAGCUGGAGGACAUUAAAGCAGCAUAUGAAGACUUUAAAGGAGAUAUGGACAAAAUUAUGGACUCUGUGCUAUGUGUUGAUCAUACAGAUGAGCCAAGAAUAAGAAAGAUUAUUCAACAUGCCAUUGAUUCUGGAGAACUUCCGUCUUAUAAAUCCUUUGUAACUGAGUCUAAGAGAAAGAUAAAUGCAAGAAAAAGGAGGGCAGAACAAGAAGCUAAAGAGGCAGAAGAAUCCAGGGAAAAAAUGGGACUUGGUGAAGGAGAUGAUGACCUGAAAGUACUAAUUCAAAGCAGAACUGAUAGUCGAAAAAAGGAAAUGGAUGAUUUUCUGGCUCGGAUGGAAGCAAAGUAUGGAAACAAAUCCAAAAAAGGAGGAAAGAAAACAACAGCUAAAAAAUGACUGAUUUUAUAAAUGUUCUUCACUUACCACUAAUACACAGCACAUUUUCAGCAAUUAAUUGAUGUAAAACAAAAAAAUACUAUGAAAAUGCUGUAGGACUUUAGGUACAAUUAAUGAAUUUCCAGCAAAGUAGCUGUGAACAUUUGGAAAAAAAAAAACCUUCUGUACAGAAAACUUGAUCAAAACCUUACUAUAUUUACACAGAAUAACAUUGUUCAUCUGUAGAGCUGAAUUUAAAUUCCUCUUUAAAAUUUAAACAAAUGAUAAAAUUGUUAAAUUUUAAUGUAUUUUUCAGAAGUGAACUAAAAAUGUAGGUGAAACAAAUAUUUGGAAACACUUUUUUGAAAUAAAAUAUUGUUAAGUCAA